CGGAGCGUUGAGGUCGGAAAGCUGGUGAAGAGGAAGCUGAAGCCGGAGAGGUGGGAGACGCCUUGAGAUGGUAGCUCGGUCCCUCUCAGGAACUGACCUGAUCUGAGCCAGGAGGGCUGCCAUGUAACUACCCGGGACCCGAAGGCCUGGGGAAUAGGCAGAUAGAGCAACUGUCCAAGAGGAAGAGGCUUCCACUCAGGAGCAGCUCCCGAGUUUGGCUGCUCGUAAAUCCAGCUGUCUGUUUGUAUGGAGAACCGGGAAGGUGUCUGCCAUGAGCUUGCUGCUAACACCAAGAACUGGCUGGCUUGGGAGACGACACUAACCUCGUUUCGGGAGCCGUCGGCCAGACGAGGUGGGGAGACCGCAGGAUGCGGAGAAGCGAAGGCUGAGUGCGGGUCGGCGGGGAAGGGGAGGCCACCGCCUUCGGACGGCCCGGCCCGGGAUGCCCGACUGAGCCCCCUCGGGGAGUCCUGCAGGUGAAGCAGCUGCCCCCCGCCUCCUGCCAUCACCACUGCCCCAGGAUGGCCAGCACAACUCCAGCCAAGAAGCCUUAUCGCAAGGCCCCCCCGCAGCACCGAGAGCUGAGGCCCGAGGUGCCGGGACUGCGGGCCGAGCAGGACGGCGUCAGGGCUGAGCCGUGCCAGGAGCCCCUGACGGAUGCAGAGAGGAUGAAACUCCUCCAGCUGGAGAACGAGGAGCUGCGGCGGAGGCUGGCCGCGGCCACCAGCCGGAUGGAAGCGCUGGAGCAGGAGCUGGAGAGCGGCCAGGACUUCCUGGAGUCGGAGCUGGGCCAGAGCCGGGAGGAGCUGGACAAUUUCAAGGACAAGUUCCGCCGGCUACAGAACAGCUACUCGGCUUCCCAGAGGAGCAACGAGGAACUGGAAGAGAAGCUGCACACGCUGGCCUCUCUCAGCCAGAGCUGGAUUUUGGCAAUCAAGAAGGCCGAGACGGACCGCAAAACUCUGGACUGGGAGAUCGUGGAGCUGACCAACAAGCUUCUGGAUGCCAAGACCACCAUCAACAAGCUGGAAGAACUUAACGAACGAUACCGGCAGGACUGCAACCUGGCCGUGCAGCUGCUCAAAUGCAACAAGUCCCAUUUCCGCAACCAUAAGUUUGCCGACCUCCCUUCCGAGCUCCAGGACAUGGUCAGCAAACACCUGCACGGCGGCCCGCGGGCCGACGGCCCCAGCUCGGGCCCGGCCCCCGGCGACGUGGUGCCCGCCGCGGUCAUUGCCCGGGUCCUGGAGAAGCCCGAGUCCCUGCUGCUCAACUCGGCCCAGUCGGGCAGCCCCGGCCGGCCCGUGGCCGAGGACGUCUUCGUGCACGUGGACAUGAGCGGGGCCCCGGGCGAGGCCCGGCCCCCGGCCCAACCCAAUGGCCGGUGUGGCCCGCCGGGGGUCUCGGCGGCCUCCGCCGAGGAGCCCCCCCUCCCCGCGUUCGAGAAGCUGAGUCCCUACCCCACCCCGUCGCCCCCGCACCCGCUGUACCCCGGCCGCCGGGUGAUCGAGUUCUCGGAAGACAAGGUGCGCGUCCCCAAGAACAGUCCUCUACCCAACUGUACCUACGCCACCCGCCAAGCCAUCUCCCUGAGCCUGGUGGUGGAGGAGGAGGCGGGGGCGGCGCGUCCGGCCCCCGGCCCGCCGGCCCAUCCUCCCGCCUCGCCCCUGGGGCGGGGCCGGGGACCCUCGGGCUCCUCCGACGGGGAGGACUCGGCCCCCCCAGGGUGGGCCGCGGAUCCCCAGAGCCCCGGCCCCCGGCCUCUCCCGCUCACCCCCCCGGCCCGGGGCCGCUGGCCGCCCCUCGACCCCGAGGACGAGGAGGAUUCCAACCUGCCCGUGACUGUGGCCGAAGAGCGGCAGCGCCUCCUCUCCGGGCAUGGGAGCGAGGAGGAGGAAGAAGAAGAGGAGGAGGAGGAGGAGGAGGAAGAAGAGGAAGAGGAGGAAGGGCCCAACGGGGCCGGGCCGGGUUCCGGUCGCCCCCACCGCAGCCCCAAGCGAAUGGGCGUCCAUCACCUGCACCGCAAGGACAGCCUGACCCAGGCCCAGGAGCAAGGCAACCUGCUCAACUAGGGGCUCCUCCCUGCUGCCAUGGGGGGCCCCCCGCAG